AUGUUUGCAAUUAUUACCAAGAAAGCUGGAUAAGCACUGAAAAUUAAUAAUUCAGAUUACACACAUAAAAUAAACAAAGUGUAUGCCUGUAUUAAAAGUUCAAAAUUUACUUCUUCUAAGUUGCUUAGAGAGGUUAGAAUUACUAAACAUGGGUUGAUCUAAUAAAAAUUCAAGUCCUAAAAUAUUUAUUCUGAAAAGUAGUUAGAGUAUGUUGAGUUAAUACCUGAAAUUGUAAAGACUUCAGAAAUAAAAGGAAAAGAAUACAAAAUGGCUUUUGAGAAUUAGAAAUAAAAAUCUAAAUGGGUAUAUUUUGAGAAUUACAUUGAUGCUAGAAAGGUGAGAGAUUUCUGUUAUGCUAACGCUGCAAUGAAUAACUUAAGAUACAAUUUGGCAGGAUUUGUUCACCUUCUAAUUAAGCACUUUAAUGAAACUUGCAUUUAUUUUGUCUUAUAAAAGAUAUCAAAAACCAGAUAAGAGAUGGAAAGACUGUCAAUAAUUGAAUUGAAUUAAUCUUAAACUCUGUCAUUAUUUUCUCCAGGACUCCUGGCAAAACAGGACUAUGAAAUGAAAUAAUCACUAUCAUUUUAAGAAAAUAGUGUUAAGACAUAAGGUUAAGAUAAUCAAAUAAACAUGUUCCUCCAAAGAGUUGUAAACGAGUAUUUAGAGGCAGCAGUAUAAAAGCAUAUAGAAUAAGUUUAAGAUGCAAAUUUAGAAAACGAAAAUGAAAUUUAGUCAGUUUCAUACAUUUCUGUUUUCUAAUUAUCAGAUCAUCAUAAGUCCAAAUAUUUAGAAUUAAAUUCCAGCAACUAGAUGUAUAUCUCAUGA